AUGGCACAAGUCGCAUCAAACCCAAUCGACACUGCUCAUGAAGACAUGGUCCAUGAUGCUCAAUUUGAUUAUUAUGGUAAAUACUUGGCAACAUGUUCAAGCGAUAGAUCAAUCAAGAUUUUCGAUGUCAGUGGUGAGAACCAUGUUCAUCUUACAGACUUAAAGGGUCAUGAAGGACCAGUAUGGCAAGUAGCUUGGGCUCACCCAAAGUUUGGAAAGAUCUUGGCAUCAGCAUCAUACGACAGAAAAGUUAUCAUUUGGAAGGAAACAUCUAAUAACCAAUGGUCAAAUAUCUACCAAUUCUCUGGACAUGAGUUGUCUGUCAACUCAAUCUCUUGGGCUCCACAUGAAUUUGGUUUAUGUUUGGCAUGUGCCUCUUCUGAUGGAACUGUUUCUAUUUUAAAUUAUAAAGAUAACCAAUGGGAACAACAAAAAAUCAAUGUAUCACAAAUUGGUGUAAAUUCAGUAUCAUGGGCACCAGCUUCAACACCAGCAGCACUUGUCAACAAUAUCAAUACUAUUCCAACUCCAGUCAAGAGAAUCGUUACUGGUUCAUGCGAUAACUUGAUUAAGAUUUUUAAAUACCACGAAGAUAAAUGGAUUCUCGACAAGCAACUCGACGAACACAAGGAUUGGGUCAGAGAUGUUGCAUGGGCACCAAAUAUUGGUUUGCCAGUUUCAAAGAUUGCUAGUUGUUCACAAGACAGAACUGUUGUCGUUUGGAGUCAAGAAGAGUCUGGUCAAUGGGCUGGAAAGGCUCUUCCACGUUUCGACGAUGUUGUAUGGCGUGUAAGUUGGUCUGUCAUUGGCCACAUCCUCGCCGUCUCUUGCGGUGACAACCAAAUUACUCUUUGGAAAGAAGGUUUGGAUAAUGAAUGGAAAAUGAUCUCUCAAGUUCAACAAUAA